CGUAAUAUUUCAACAAUUUACGAUCUUAAGGACAUAUCUAAAACUUUUGUUUAUCAAUCUUCGAAUCCUUCCUCGCAAUCUAGCGAGCCACCCUCAAAUUUCGAUAAUUCUACAUCUCAAUCGUCUUCCGCCCUUCCUGAUGCUAAUCAAAAACAAAACAAUGAUUUUAAUAAACCUUCUUUAGUGAUCAUAAUUGGUUGGUGGAAUUGCAAAUUGAGCAAUUUACGUAAAUAUAUCUCUUUAUACACUGAAAAAUUUCAUAUGGAUACUUUGUCUCAUAUACCACCAUUUUAUCAUCUCUUUUUUCCCUGGAUUGUCCCUGAUGAUGUUAUCCGCCUCGCCAAAGAAUUAAUCGGUGUUUGGAUUGAACGUGGUAGACCUAAUAAUAUUGGCUUCCAUGUUUUUAGUGAUAAUGGUACUUACCAUUAUGCUAUGUUAUGCGAGGCUAUUAGAAAUUUAGCAAAUGUUAAUUCUGAUAAUUCUGACAUACUUUUCUCCAAAAAAAAUACACCCUCUAUAUCAAGUACUGAUGCCGAGUUGUUUUUAGAUUCUAUAAAAUCUUGUGUUAUAGAUUCUGCACCUUCCCCGAUUAAUGAAAAAUAUGUUGCAUUAGGCAUUAUGG